GAACACCAGAAAAUAACUUCGUUUUAGCCAAUACUCUUAACAACCCAUAUCGAUUCAGCUUCGUCAGCAACCAACCCAAGGACGUACAACAUGCAGAAUGGCGCCAGCGAAUACACGAGGAUCCGCCGAGCGACCUCUUCAAGGUGUUGUGCUAUGCUUCACCUCGAUUGGACCAGAAGAACGAACUCGAUAUGCAGAACUGGCAACUCAAAUGGGUGCCGAGCACAAACUUGACCUGACCUCCGAUACAACACAUCUUAUUGUUGGUGACACUGAUACGGCAAAGUACAAGUAUGUUGCAAGGGAAAGAGAAGACAUCAAAGUUCUAAGACCACAUUGGAUCGAGGCCAUUAGAGAGCUAUGGAUCAAGGACUUGCCACUAGAUCUCGAGGCCUUGGCCACCGAGUAUCGCAUGCCGACUAUGAGCGGCCUGAAAAUCUGUAUUACCGGAUUCGAUGAUCUCUCCUUCCGCGCUCAGCUGCAGCAGAAUGUGAUUGAGAAUGGCGGAGAGUAUACAGGCGAUCUCACCAAAGAUGUGACACACUUGAUUGCAGCAAAGCCAGAAGGCAAAAAGUACGAAUAUGCCCUGUCGUGGCAGAAGAAAGUGGUGAGCCUGAAAUGGUACAAGGAUACGCUGGAGCGUGGAAUGCAGCUUGAUGAGACAUUAUAUCACCCAAAUCUACCGGUGUCAGAACAAGGUAUCGGUUCCUGGAAGCGACGACCUCGGCUCUCCCCUCGACCGGCCAAGCGUGCUCGCGAAGAGACCAGUGUACCUGAACCGUCUCGAAAACUUCGACGCACUGCUAGUGCCAGACUCGGAAGCCAAACUCAGAAUCUGUGGACUGAUAUCGUGGGAGGGGCUGGCUUUGAAGCGGACACAGCAGAUCGCCCUCGACUGCAGCCUUCCGAUUCUAUGCCUGCGUUGAGGCAGAACGAGGUUCCGACCCAUCAAGACUCAGGAAAUCACUCAAGUACUACAGCGGAAAAGGCCCAGUCAUGGUCUGGGUUCCUAUCUGGCCGACAGUUCAUCUUUAGAGGUUUCGAGGAAAGAAAGCAUGGUAUCAUCAGCAGAAUUGUGCUAGAAGAAGGAGGAAUGAUCAUUGAUGCCGAAGAUGUAGACACCCACGAGUCUGACAAGACACUAUUGAUAAUGCCUCACGAUGUGAGAAGAAAGAGGCGCACAGCUGAUCUGGAUCUUUUUAUUCCAGGUCUCGAAACAGUAUCGGAACUCUGGUUGGAACGGUGUAUGUUGGAUAAGACAUUCAUUCCACCAACGAGGUACCAGCUUGGGUAUAUCCCUUGGCCAUCGUCGACAGUGCUUUCCUCGACCACAGUCAAUGUAUCAGGCUUUUCAGGGUUAGAGACGCUACACGUCUCAAAAAUUGUCGCUACACUUGGUGGCAGUUAUGUCGAGACCUUUGCACCAGGAGUAUCUGUCCUUGUGAUCCGGAGCGGUAGUCACAAUAAGCAGAAACUUGGUAGUGCACACGAAUGGGGAAUACCGGUGGUGUCGGAAGACUGGCUAUGGUCGACGAUCAAGAAUGGGCAAAAGGCAGGAUUCAAGGACUACCUUGUUCAGUCAGCGGGGACCAAAAAGUCACAAGAGGAAGAAAAGAGGGAUCUCAGAGCUCGCGGAGAGUUCGUGGAGGUAAGCACAGUCCCUUUGCGGCCUGAGGAGAAGGAACGCCGCGAGCGACCAAGAAGCAAAUCCCGUCACACCAGCAUGGGAUCAAUAAAGGCAACACGAAAUGGAUCGAAGUCUCGAGAUGUAUCCGUUGAGAUCCACCAGGAUCCUAGGGAGGUCAAAUCCGCAACACAAGAAGAAUUGGACUCCAUGAGCGACAAACCAAAGAAUGAUUUAGAUCAGAACGAGACUCAGGGAGCUUCAUUUGUCCAGGAGGAUCUCCCACUUCAAGAAUUGUCGUCGAACUCUUCUGGUAAUAAAUCCGGCGUUGUGGAAGACGUGCGAACAGCAUUGUCCGCAGUAGAUGGCGAGUCAGGCAUAAAGAAAUCAAGGGCCGACGAGAACUCACGCACCACGAAACAGGAUGAAAAGGCGGGCAGUAUACAGGCACUGAACGGCGCUAUACGCGACAUCCUUGAUCAGGGCAUACGCCGAAAGCCUGCUGCGGCUGGCGGUGAGCGGCCCGUGAAGAAGAGCAGGCUCUUCGGAAGAGCGCUCAGCAACUUGUCCAACGCUUCGGUAUCGUCGAACCCACGACAAUCGAGGGCCAGCUCCAUCGACAGCAUGAACACCGACGGGAUGGGAAGUGAGAUUGUUCCGAUGCCGUCGGAGCGACCACCCUCAGGAGUGACUGGCUCGUCCACCGAGAGGGAAACAUUCGCGUUCACAGGUCGGGCGAAGACGACCAUGACAGCGGGCGUAACUCCGCUCUCGCUUGGUAUGGAUGACCUCGACCACCCGCUUGAUAACCAGGCCCGACGCAUGGAGGACGAAGAGACGCCUCGAAUGACCCAGCUUUGCUAUGAGGACCCCGAGGAAGCAGUAAUACUUCGGGAGAAACUGGCCGCGUCACGCCGAAAGAAAUCGAAACUCGGUCAGGACGAGCACGACCCGCAGCCUGCCAUUACAAGGGCGAAGCCCGAGAACAGAAAGAUCCGAGACGACGAUCUCCUCAGCUGCGCCGGAUGGGGCGCAGGCAGGCGGACGAGACAUAAACAGAAAAGUCCUCCUGACAGGGUCAUCUAACGGAUCUUGAAUUAGCUCUGGAGAGCGAGAGAGAGAGAGCUAUUUUGCGAGCAUUUUCCGAAGGCUUACGCCUCAGAAUAAAUACCUACCUAGGUAGGUAGUUUGCUCGAUAUUUGGACUUUUGUACCGAAUACAUGAUUGGAUUAAGUUGCAUUACCUAGGUACCGAGGAGUGUCUGGGUUUUUUGAUGGUUUCUUGCUACCAACCUAUGUCCUGACCUGAUACCCCAUCCAUGAAGAGGACAAAAUACGUAGGUAUAGAUUUCUGGACCAUUGGUUAUUUUCUUAACUGGC